AUGUCUCUCCAAACACCCCUCACAAAGCUCCUCAAGAUCGAGCACCCAGUGCUGCUCGCAGGCAUGGCCCGCGCCUCAGGCGCACCACUAGCAGCAGCCGUCUCCAACGCCGGCGGUCUAGGCACAAUCGGCGGACUGGGCUACACCCCUGAGCAACUCGACGAGAUGCUCACGGAGCUCAAGACCCUCCUCCGCGACCCCUCCCUCCCCUUCGGCGUGGACCUGGCCCUUCCCCAAGUCGGCGGUUCAGCACGCAAAACCAACCACGACUACACCCACGGCCACCUCGACGAGCUCAUCGAGGUGACAAUCAAGCACGGUGCCCGUCUCUUCGUCUCCGCCGUCGGCAUCCCGCCCGCACACACCAUCAAGCGGCUGCACGAGGCCGGGAUCCUGAUUAUGAACAUGGUUGGCGCACCCAAGCACGCCGAGAAGGCGUUCAAGGCUGGCGUUGAUAUUGUUUGUGCGCAGGGUGGCGAGGGCGGCGGUCACACUGGUGAUGUGCCGUUCUCUGUACUUGUGCCUGCUAUCGUUGAUGUGGCGGCUAAGUAUAAGAGCCCCCUGACCGGUCAGCCGGCACUUGUUGUCGCUGCUGGUGGUGUCAAUGAUGGACGCAGUCUGGCUGCUUCGUUGAUGUAUGGUGCUUCUGGUGUGUGGGUUGGUACGCGGUUUGUCGCUUCGGAGGAGAGUGGUGCUAGUCGCUUGCACAAGGAGGCUGUUGUUAAUGCGCAGUAUGGUGAGACUAAGCGUACGCUUGUUGUUUCUGGUCGGCCGCUGCGCAUGCUGCCCAAUGAUUAUAUCAAGGAGUGGGAAUCACGGCCCAAUGAUAUUGCCGACCUUACUUCCAAGGGUAUUGUGCCCAUCAUGCACGAUAUUGAGAACGAGAAAGAUGUCGAUGUGCCGUUCCUCAUGGGUGAUGUUUCGGCUGGUGUGAAGGAGAUCAAGCCGGCCGGAGUUAUUGUGAAGGAGAUGGUUGCGCAGGCUGUUCAGAUGCUCAAGGUCGGGAGCUCAUACAUUAGUUCCGCGAGCAAACUAUAG